AUGUUUGUCUACCGCCGCGAGAAUCUCCCUAAGGAUCCAGUGUUUCCUGCGGACCUCGGAGGACUGGGAUACUUAAUCACCGACAACGACCAGAUCCGCAAGAUCUCCGACCCAACACAGGAGUUUCAAUACAAAAUCAAUCGUAACCCCCGCUGGAAUGACGUCCAGAGAGAGGCAAUGAAUGAAUGUAUUCGCAACAUCGUCUUGGCCCGCCUGCGCGAUCUCGGACUCGACCACCUACGCCUCCCAUUAUUUGCCACAGCCGGGGAAGCUCACGUCCCGGUCAUGGUCUCGAAGAACCUGUCGACUGCCUCCCAUAUCGUUGUCGUGUUUGGCGAGCCCAUCCAGGAUCUGGGCAUCUGGGCCUACCGCAGCGUCGGCUGUGACGGCAUCAACACAGGCUCGCUCGUGUCCUUUGCUAAAGCCGUUCUGCGCCAGGGCCACGCUGACGACGGCAAUGAUAUGCCCAACACCGCCCUUGUACUGGCUAACACCGGCCAACUGGUCUGGCACUGCGCCUCUGGCCGAGCCAUCACGCAGACGCACUGGCAGCACCUGCCCCGGCCCUCAGCGGUGAACCCUGCUCCGGAGAUGUCGCACAGGAACACGAUCCCCGGUCAUGAGUCCUGGAAGCAGCAUAUCGACCGCGUGUUCGAGGAUAUCCUGUCCGCGCGUGGGCGACGGGUCCGUCCAGAUGCGAGGAUCAGUGUCGUGGGUGUAUCCGAGGGAGGACUGGGUGCUGUUCAGUACUUGGCUGCGAAUUGGUGCUCCUGGAGACCUUUCAUCUCAGCUAUCUGUCUCGCCAACCCUCUCCACCUGGCCAAGUUCGAGUUUAGAAGCGCGAACAAGGACAUGGCCGUAUCUGAUCCGUCCUCUUUUGCGGCUUUCAUCGCUUCGCGUUGUCGCGGGUAUGUGCUCUCCGAGCAUCCGUUGGGCAUGCCGGUGGAGCCGAUGCUCGAGCAUGGAUGCAAUUGCUAUGCGUCGGGCGAGGAGUUGAAUUCUGAGUGCAUUAUGCCGCGAGCGUGGAAACAUGUGUUGGGGUGGUUGAACCAGGCGUUUGCGGAUCAGAACUACGCCGAGACAAAGUUGGAGAUUAGACAUAUUGAUGGUGACGCGCUGGAAGUGGUGGAGGAAGAGGCUAGCCAGGAUGAAGAAGGUUCUUAG